AUGUCUAGUCUACAAGGCUAUGUCGAUAGGCGCGUCCUGCUUAUUUUGCAAGAUGGACGAGCGAUUGUGGGUGUAAUGGCAGGCUUCGACCAGAAGUCGAAUGUCGUUCUGUCAGAUUCCAAAGAAAGGGUGUACAGUAUGGAGGACGGAGUCGAGGAGAUACCUCUGGGAUUGUAUCUCGUGAAAGGAGAUAUGAUUAUCCUCAUUGGCGAGCUAGAUGAAACUUUAGACCAAGCUGUCGAUCUCGCCUCAAUACGUGCCGAACCGAUACCGCCGAUUCGGUAUUAG